AUUCCAUUGGAGUCAAUGUACACAAACUUCGUUGUUGUCAAGUGGAAUAUAGGAUAUAUGCCAUUUUAAUGACACUUAAUAUUUCGAUGUGGCAACUUAAACCCAUGUCAUUUUAGGAUAAAGUGGAAAAGGAACAUUAAUCAAACUACUCGACUCUUUGACAGGCCAGGUUAAUCAGAAAACCAGCCAGACUUAACACAGGCUGACAGUCGUGUUAAAGGACAAAUGAUGCCUACUUGCUAGAUAGUAGAGAAGUGUCGUAGUAAAAUUAUGCCACGGAAACUUCCAUUUCGAGUGGUGCAUGUUUCUGGCCAAGAUGAUGGGUACAAGGCUAAAGAACUGAACACACAUAGUCCGUUGACCAGAGGAUGGCAAGCUGCAAAGUUCUGUCUGUACCCCCAGGACCUCAUUGUCCAACUUGAUGGUCGGUCACGUUUAAGGAAAAUACAAAUUUUAUCUCAUCAGUUUUUAGUGGCCACAAAGAUUGAGUUUUUGGUCGGGGAUGUCCCUGAAGAUAUGUCCCUGUCAGUUGACAAUGCCCGGUACACAAAGCUAGGGUAUGUCUCCCUGUCAGACAAUGAAAAGACGGCCUUUAAAUCCAGAGAACUAAAAUCUGUCCACGUUGAUGCUAUUGGCCAGUACCUGAAAAUACUCGUCCACAAAAACCACAUAAACAAACACAAUGUAUACAACCAGGUUGGGGUUAUAGCUGUGAAUAUAAUUGGUGAUAUUAUCACACGGCCGUCAGAUCUGAAUGAUAGGAGGAAACGAGACUAUUACUCAGACCCUGACAGGGCUAGAAAGUUGGAGUAUAUGGAUGAUGAUGAGAACCAACCUAGACCAGACUACAUCUCGCCACUUGAUGAUUUGGCGUUUGACAUGUAUCAGGACCCGGAGAUAGCCAGCAUUAUACGCAAAUUGGAAAAGAAAAAACAAGAGGCAGUUAUUCAGGAGAGGUUUGACUAUGCAAAGAAGCUGAAGACAGCUAUCCUGGAUCUACAGAAGGUUGGAGAAAAGCUAGGGAAGUAUGAGGUGGAGAAACGUCAAGCGGUUGAGAACGAGGAUUAUGAUAAAGCAAAACUCAAGAAAGUUCAGAUGGAGGAGUACCGCCUACAGAUUUACCAUGACCUCAACCUUGGAGAUCUAUUGGAAACUACAGGAUCGAGGCAUCCACAACAUGUAGACCUUGAACCUGUCAGAGAUCCAACACCGUCUCGUUUGAGUCACCUUUCACCUAGAACUCCACCUAGAACUCCACCCCCGAGGACACCUUAUGAUGAGCGACCCCUACCUGCAAUGAAAAAUAAAGGGGACACAACUCAACGGGAACAGAUUUCCUCUCCUCGAUCCCGGACACCGUACGAUGAACGCCAAUUACCUGUCAACAACUACACGAAGCGCUAUGUGAAGCCCACCCAGAUUGCCAAACAUUUCAUACCUCCCCCUGUGACAGAGGAAGAAGAACAAGUGGUAGAGACCGGGGGUGGGGGUAUCACUGGGGAACCAGAGCCAAUGUCGGAGAAAGAUUUACGUGAGGCUUCUGCAGCAGUGGACGUGUUUGGAGAGCCACUGGUUUCCAAAGCGUACAGUAAAACCUGGUCAUACCGUGAGGAUGCAUUGCUAGCAGUUUAUAAACAGAUGUCGGAGAUGUCAACAUCUGUGCCAAAGGAGGAGGUGAAAUCAGCAUUGAAGGGAGCCGUGUAUCUCUGUAAACGUGCCAUUAGAGACAAAGUUUAUGCUGUAUUUAAAGCAGGACUUCAUCUCCUAAAAAUGCUCCUCACAGAAUACUGCUCUAAACACAGGUUAGGCAAGUCUGAUAUUGUCCACACCGUGGAGUUGGUCAUGCCUGAGCUAUUCAACAAGUCGGCUGAUACGGCUGCAAGGAACCGAGAUGAUGCCAAGAAUUUCCUCAAAGACAUGGCAAAUUUUCCUGAAGUGCGACCAACCAAUGUUGUACCACAUGAAUGUCUCAAGCCAAUUAAGAUGACAUUAGCUCCCCGGCCGGCCCAGUCACGUGUGGAGAUCAUAGAGAUGUUGUACAAGAGUCUCGGAGUCAAGGGCAACACGGGGUUGACAAUAGACAACAUUAUGAACUUCUGUGUAGUAGCAUUGGGUCACACCUCGGGAGAGGUGAGGGACGUAUCCGAGCGGAUUAUCAGGACGCUGUACAAAGAAAAUCCAGGAGAGCGUCAGACAAUCAAAGAUCACUUACCCCAAGAUGAUGAGAGGACACGUAAAAACACAAUGUAUCGACAGUUGUUUGAAUAUUUUGACAAAGUUGAUGGCAAACCUAGCAAGUCUGACAUGAAGAGACAGAAGGUAGAGGAGGAGUCAAGGAAACAAGAGGAGAUAGAAGCUCUCCAGAACCAGCUACAACAAUUGCGCAGUAUGGCCGCAGGCAAACAGCCUGUGGAUGAGAAUGUGUUGAAAACAGAAUCCAAGAAACCAUCAAAGAAAGUAUUGAACAAGUCAAAACCCAAACCGAAGGAUGAUGACGACGCUUCUGUGUACAACAUGGACCAUAUCUGUAUAUUCUGUGAGGAACAAAACCCCAGCUUUACUGAGGACGGACUGGAUCUCCACUACUGGAAACACUGCCCUAUGCUGAAACGCUGUACAAACUGUAAACAGGUGGUAGAGAUUGCCAGCUAUACUGAUCACUUGCUGACAGAAUGUGAGGCGAAGGGAAACUACGCAAGGUGUCCUCAGUGUACAGAGGCCAUUCCAAAGUCAGAAUAUGCCCAGCAUAUAGCAGACAAAAGUUGUAAAGCUUCUGAACCAGACAAGAAUCACUGUCCUCUUUGUCACCAGAAUAUCUACGCUGGCGAGGACGGAUGGAAGAAACAUUUGAUGGGCAAAGAUGGAUGUAAACAAAACCCUCGCCGUCUACUGGCACUCAACAAACAGCCAGCCCAGGGUCAAUCAAAAGGUCGACCUGGAGUGAAAGGAGGAGUUGGAAGGGGCAGGAAACGGUAAAUUUUGCUGACAAGGGAAUGGUGGACUCCUCUGUCAGAGGAACGGUAGACUCUCCUGUCAGAGGAACGGUAGACUCCUCUGUCAGAGGAACGGUAGACUCUCCUGUCAGAGGAACGGUAGACUCCUCUGUCAGAGGAACGGUAGACUCCUCUGUCAGAGGAACGGUAGACUCCACUUAGAGGAGGUGCAGGAAUCAUCCUGGGGGAUCACUGAUAGUGUAACACUGGGAAUUUUACGUACAGGAACAUCAGCAGAAUCUCAGGUGGAUCUCUAAUGACAAGGACAUAGUGAAACAAACAGACAUAGUCACACAGGGACCACCAGAAAAUCUCUGUUUACUGCAAGGAGGGCAUUCAAAUGAGGAUUUGUAUGAAUAGUGGCAGGGAGAAAAAUGAAAUACAAAUACAAAUUAGAAAUUUCAUAUCUUUUUUUUUCUUUGUAUGGACUAUGUUUGGAUUUUAUGUUGAUCUGUAGACGUCUAGGUGUGAGGAUUCAUUAUGUACAAGGUACACAAGCCCCAGUAGUCGUUAUGAUCCAGAUGUAGAUCUGAACGUGUACACAAGCCCAUGUAGUCAUUUAAAAAAUGUUGGGUUAUAGAUCUGAAAGUUUGAAUUAUUUAUCUUUCCGAUCUCAUCUACAUUUUGUACUUUGUAUUAAGUGAAUUUGUAAGCCUACUAGUCUGUUUUUAUCUCAAAUGCUUUAAUGUUCUGUGAUAAUUUGUAUACAGUUGUAUAGAGUUGAAACUGGGACUGGGUGGGAUAUUGUCUUAUUUUUACGUUUAAGUGGGCGAGUGUACAGGGAAACUUGUAACAAAUAUUAACAGUUUGCCAGUAAAUCUGUUCUCAUCUCGUGCUAAGUUCAGUGACAUUGAUAGGUGUGGUUAACUGUCUCUGGAUACUUGUUGUCAUCAAUUUACCCUCGUUACAGAGACGAACAUUCAGCAUCAAAAACAUCUUUGUGUGACGAACAUUAAAUAUUCUUUCAUAUGUUCACUGUGUUCCUUAGAUUGUUUGUAUUUGUUCUGAAGUCAAUACUCAGUAUAAACUGCGUGGUCAGUUUAUCUACAGGUCCGAUAGCUAUGUAGCCUGAGGAAUAUUACACCCUGUGUUUGGUGUUAAUGUGUUGUAUCAGCUGGACUUGAGAUUUUCUAUUCCACCUUAAAGGCCACCUGUCUAUAUAAACUAGAUCCUAAUGUAACACAAUUCUUUGCUUUGUACAUUUGCAUAUGGACCUGUUUAUAAAGGUCACCUGUUUUAGAUCGUAAUGAAACACAAUUCUUUGUACAUUUGCAUAUGAACCUGUCUAAAAAGGCCACUGUCUAUAAAAAACACCUGUUUUAGAUCCAAAUGUACCACAAUUCUUUAUAUAUUUGCAUAUGAACCUGUCUAUAAAGGUCACCUGUCUUAUAAGGCAUAUGAACCUCUAUAUAUUGGCGACCUGAUUAGAAAGGCCACUUUCCCUGCCACUUUAGUGAACUUUAUAGACAAGUUUGAUUCUAAUGUUGGACCAAAGGUCUGAUAUGUGUCUGUUUUUGAUUUUCAUGGCCUAUUGUACAGUUUGAAAGCAUUCAUGAUUCAGACACCAGUGUUAUGAUUCAGAGAUGGAGUACAUGUAUAUCAGUGUUAUAUGCACUGUUACAGCAACCAAAUAACAUUUUACCAUGCAUUUACUGUAAGUAGUUUUUAGAGAAAAAACACAUGCUAGAAAAAAAACUGUAUAACGAGUCAAUAUCACUUUUUUUUUUAUUAUUAGUUUUAUAGCAAAUUCUACAAAAGAUAUGCAAUACACUGUAGCUUGAAAUAUUGACCAGAUGUACUGUAUGUGUACCUGGUAUGUACCUAGCUGACAUGUACAGUAUGGCAAUGGCCCAGUUUGUUAUCAUUGUACAUUGAAGACAUUAUUUUGUAAAUCACACAGUACACAACAUUCUUGAAACUGUCCAACGUCAAUAUAGCAGUAGGAUAUUUAAAAAGCAUCAGUCUUAUUGAGGAAUGACUUUAUUUUAAAACAUUUUGUUUUAAUUACCGGUAUGUAAUUUGAUAUAUACAAAAAAAAAAAAGUAUUUAUGUUAGAUGUAAUUGCUUUUGAUAGUUUGAAUUUUGUUUACAAUUUGUGUAUGUUUAUGGUAUACAAGUCAUGUACCUGGAGAUAAGAAAUCACGUAAGUUAUAUACACAACAUGUGUUAUUAAUAGGAACUUUAGUGUCCAGGAAGUACAUGGAAUGGUCUUUGUAAUACAAGUUAUAAUGUGUAGGAUUUGGUACUCGUAAGACACAGAGAGCAUAUAGAAACACCACAGAUUCACAACAUAUGCUGCUAGAGCAGCGGAACAGCUUUCUUAAUCAGAUACAAUUUACUCUAAACAAAGUACGCCUAUGUGACUAGAUUUAACGUAGCCAUCUUGCCUCAUCCGUCCAUAUUAUUCUCUUGAUUCGUAGAAAUUUUUAAUUUAGUUCCAAAUAGCCUACUGGCAUAUCUCAUAUGUUAUACAUGUGUUAUAGAUCUCUACAAUGUUAUGUGUAGUCCUGUCCAUGGUAACUGUUUCUGUCCAUAGUAACUGUUUCUGUCCAUGGUAACUGUUUCUGUCCAUGGUAACUGUUUCUGUCCAUGGUAACUGUUUCUGUCCAUGGUAACUGUUUCUGUCCAUAGUAACUGUUUCUGUCCAUGGUAACUGUUUCUGUCCAUGGUAACUGUUUCUGUCCAUGGUAACUAUUUCUGUCCAUAGUAACUGUUUCUGUCCAUAAUAACUGUUUCUGUCCAUGGUAACUGUUUCUGUCCAUAGUAACUGUUUCUGUCCAUGGUAACUGUUUUUCUUCCAGUGUUAUAGGAAUGAAAUGUCUAGCAGGAUAAGGAGAUAGAAACAAAAGUCAGUAAAUCGUUUAGAGGGAAGAUAUACUCUGUUUUGUAAUUGAAAUGAAUAGAAUACAAGGGUAUAUUUUUUUAUGAAACAAGUUUUUAUCAAAUCAAAAGAGAAAACUCUGUUUCACAAAUCAGAUAUCAAGUUUGCCUAUAUUUGGGAGUAAACAAGAUAACAUACCCAAUACCUGGAUGUCAUCACCUGUCUGAUGUAUGUCCACAGUAACAGUAAAAUGAACGGCCUCAUUUUCAGAGAAGUCACAUGACAUUCUUGGUGCUAUACUUGUCUGGCUAACUCUGACCAAUAGGCAGGGAGUGGAAAUGCUUGUAUAGCUGGAACAACAGCUGGAAGGCAGGACAAGAUUCAUACUGCAAAAAACUACUGAAUUGCAGAGAGUUAUGAUACCUUUAAAAAUUAAGUGAAUGAUAUAUUAUGAUCGUCCAUGUAAACAUAUUAGUAAUGUUCUGAUGUCAAUAUUGUUACCUUAUGCACUUGGAAAAACACUCAAUGACAAAUGAAAUAUGCACAAGUGUACCACAUAGUAAUGGUAGGUCACAAUUCAAGCUGGAGUCGGAUGUCUUUAUCAGAUUCAGUCCAAUGGCCAUCCACAGAUUUAAUUUGAUAUAAGUCUUCAUUAUAAUAAUUAUCUAGACAAUAGUACUACAAGUCGGUAAAAUGGACAAAACUUAUACAGAAAACUAUAAGUUUGUGGUGCUAGAGGUAAAACAAUGACAGUUUUCCAUCAUCAGUAUUCAUCAGUAAUUAGCUCCUCCACAGUUGAGGCCCCUAUAUGUUGAGAGUAAGCUCCUCCACAGUUGAAGCCCCUAUAUAUUGAGAGUAAGCUCCUCCACAGUUGCGGCCCCUAUAUAUUGAGAGUAAGCUCCUCCACAGUUGAGGCCCCUAUAUAUUGAGAGUAAGCUCCUCCACAGUUGAGGCCCCUAUAUGUUGAGAGUAAGCUCCUCCACAGUUGCGGCCCCUAUAUGUUGAGAGUAAGCUCCUCCACAGUUGAGGCCCCUAUAUGUUGAGAGUAAGCUCCUCCACAGUUGAGGCCCCUAUAUGUUGAGAGUAAGCUCCUCCACAGUUGAGGCCCCUAUAUGUUGAGAGUAAGCUCCUCCACAGUUGAGACCCCUAUAUGUUUAGAGUAAGCUCCUCCACAGUUGAGGCCCCUAUAUGUUGAGAGUAAGCUCCUCCACAGUUGAGGCCCCUAUAUGUUGAGAGUAAGCUCCUCCACAGUUGAGACCCCUAUAUGUUGAGAGUAAGCUCCUCCACAGUUGAGGCCCCUAUAUGUUGAGUAAGCUCCUCCACAGUUGAGGCCCCUAUAUGUUGAGUAAGCUCCUCCACAGUUGAGGCCCCUAUAUGUUGAGAGUAAGCUCCUCCACAGUUGAGGCCCCUAUAUGUUGAGAGUAAGCUCCUCCACAGUUGAAGCCCCUAUAUGUUGAGUAAGCUCCUCCACAGUUGAGGCCCCUAUAUGUUGAGUAAGCUCCUCCACAGUUGAGGCCCCUAUAUGUUGAGUAAGCUCCUCCACAGUUGAGGCCCCUAUAUGUUGAGAGUAAGCUCCUCCACAGUUGAGGCCCCUAUAUGUUGAGAGUAAGCUCCUCCACAGUUGAAGCCCCUAUAUGUUGAGAGUAAGCUCCUCCACAGUUGAGGCCCCUAUAUAUUGAGAGUAAGCUCCUCAACAGUUAAAGCCAAUAUAUAUUUAGAGUACCAAAGCUCGGAUUCUAGUUUUUCCCUGGUUACUUUCAUUUUUAAAAAGAAGGGAUUUAGUAGGUUUUAAUCCUUCAUGCUGGUAACUGUCUGAAGCCCAGUUUCUGCAUGUCAGUACGGACAUUCCUGGUCUAAUGUCCUCUAAAGCAUAUUACCAGGGUCUCACUUAACAAUGAGGCAGGAUGUUAAGAUUAUAGUGCUAUCAUGAAAAUUGCAGCAAAAUGAAAUUAUUAGCAGAUAAAUAUAUGUAUAUGUAUAGUAGAUAAUUUGUUCCUGAAAUAAAAUAGUGUACCACAUUCCCUUUUCAUCAUUUAUCAUAAACAUUCUUCAAAUAUAAAGUUGGAAUAUAUUGUUUUCAUAACUAUUUAAUAUAAUUAUACUUUUUUAUUUUCAUAUACAUUACAGAUGUAUUGUACUCAAUGUGAUUUACUAGAUACAUUCCAAUUGCUUAAUAAAGUAUGUAUGCAGUGUCGGAAAUGUGGAGUACUGGUAAAUUUGAUUUCCCACUAGAUCUGGUGAUCUUUGUUAAAAGUUCUGUGAGAUGGUUGUUUAACACAGCUCAGAUAUCAUUCCCUCCCAACACUUGUGAGAUAUAACACCAAUAAAUUAUUGAUACCAUUAUUUAA